GCCCCUGGCCCAGCAGGCCUAGCAGGCCUAUUACCCAGAGUCCUAGACUCUGUCUUCCCUCCGCACGCGACCGUAGCCUCCUCGAUCUCCCUCUCCGCCGGUCACUUCUCUCCCCGCGGUCGACGCCUCCUCUCCCCGGUCCUCGCGUCCCUCGACUAACACGAGCACUCGAAGGAAACCAAUUUCUCUGCCCUGAGAAGUGAGAACAAAGGAACUCCUCCAAUCCAAGCAGACCUCUCGCAUCGACACAGAUCCGCCGGCGACGAUGGGGCAGGGCACGCCGGGCGGCAUGGGCAAGCAGGGCGGCGGCGCCCCGGGCGACCGCAACAAGCCAGGCGGAGACGGGGACAAGAAGGACCACAAGUUCGAGCCCCCCGCGGCACCGUCCCGCGUCGGCCGCAAGCAGCGGCGGCAGAAGGGGCCCGAGGCUGCCGCGCGGCUCCCGCACGUGGCGCCGCUCUCCAAGUGCCGCCUCCGCCUGCUCAAGCUGGAGCGGGUCAAGGACUACCUGCUCAUGGAGGAGGAGUUCGUGGCCGUGCAGGAGCGGCUCCGCCCCACCGAGGAGAAGACGGAGGAGGACCGCUCCAAGGUCGACGACCUCCGCGGCACCCCCAUGAGCGUCGGCUCCCUCGAGGAGAUCAUCGACGAGAGCCACGCCAUCGUCUCCUCCUCCGUCGGACCCGAGUACUACGUCGGCAUACUCUCCUUCGUCGAUAAGGACCAGCUCGAGCCCGGCUGCUCCAUCCUCAUGCACAACAAGGCACCCCCAAACGCCCACGGGAUCCAGAGCCUAAACGCCUGAAGCAGUCCGGAGAGAAAGGCCCAGGACCUGCGAGCUGCGGCGGCAGCGGCAAGUACAGAGUGGGCGACUACGACUACCUGUUCAACGUGGUGAUCAUUGGCGACUCCGGCAUCGACAAGUCUAACCUGCUGUCGCGGUUCACUAAGAACGAGUUCUGCCUCGAGUUCAAGUCCACAAUCGGGGUCGAGUUCGCCACCCGCGGCCUCCAGAUCGACAUCAAGGUUGUCAAAGCCGGUCAGGAGAGCCACGUACAUGCUUGCCGCUGACCCUUCCCACGAUUUCUGGAAUUCUCCAUCGCAAAUCCCCUCGACUGCUCCACAAGGUCGACCCUGAUAGUGGCCUCUUCACUGGUAAUUUUGUUUGCCUCUCUUGGGGAUUCAUCGAUUAGUUUAAAUCGAUUUCCUGGGUUGUUUUGAUCGAUUUCGCCGGAUGGUUUCUUCCAAGGGUUGGAUUAAUCGAGGUAGGUUUCCAUCGUUUCGUGUUGGAUUGUGCUCUGUUUGCGUGGUGAUCUGGAGAUUUUUCUGGGGUUUUUUGUGAUCUUAAUCGGCCUUGGGGUUCAGAAGAUAGGGGCGAUCGAUGGAUUGCCGGUGCCCGAUUACCCUGCAUUUGCCGAGAAGUUUAAUGAUCCCUGAGUAAUCUGCGUAAUUUGGUCAGUAUCCACAAACUGUUCAAAGUAAUGCCUCUUUCGAUAUGUAGGCUUGUUCCAUGCUGUCAAGUACUGCUUCCAUUUUUCUUGCUUUAGAAACUACUAACCGAAGAUACAUAUGGUUGGCUCAUAAUCGUAGGUUACAAUCAAAGAUACAUAUGGAUGGCCACAGCGAGGAGUAUAUAUAAAUGUGUGUGAGCGUUCAUCAGUGUUAUGGGCCGUGGGUGGCUUGGAUAGGAAGAGUGAGAUUUGAUCGUGAAAUACGGAGCAGGAACGCAAAUAGUGGUCUUAAUUACUAGCUAAUUGUAUAUGGUAAGAACUCUUAAUGUGAGUCAUGUACUGUGUUGUUAUUUUCUGUGCACUAUAAAUGGAUAGUAUUAUCAUCUUUGUUUACAGAAACGAAUAGGACCUUCUCAAAAAAUGAACCAAGAAGUAAUCAGAAUCUUGGUGUACAGGAUUUUCAUGUACAUAUACUUUACGAAUUUGCUCUGGGCAUGUAAGCAUUCUUCCUGAAUUACUUGUCAUACAUGGAAUUACUAAAAAUUA